AUGAACGUUGGUGAUAGACGCCGAGGCACCGCGGCUCAUCCACAUGAGCAGGAAGUCUCGAAAACGGCCAGGACCGGGACGACCGAGAUGCGGAACCGGGACCAGAAGAGCUCGGUGGUGACUCGGUGAACAGUAUCCGGCUGUCGGUCUUUGUCCUCCGGCUUAAUUAAGGCGUCAUAAUUAACAUGAACGUAAUUAGCAUUUAGCUGUGUUUGCUACAGGCUGCUUCUCAGUUAUGACGGUUAGAGCGUUAAAUAACAGGACUUCAGCUCCGUGUUUUAGGGUUUGUUUAUGAGAGAAAAUGGCAGCAAACAGCAGGUUUGUGCUUCGGAGGCUGUUUAGCGGACUCAGAGCUGUCAGUGUUCGGUGUCGGAGCUCCGCUUCGACCUCCAGUCAAGGACGGCAGCUACUGAGAGCUCAGACCAGACAUGUGAGCUGCUCGACCGGACUGAACGGAGCUGCUGCUGCCUCCACAGGUCUCAGCAGUUUGUCCUUUAGGAGUCACACCUGUGGAGAACUGAGAUCCGACCAUGUGGGAGAGAAAGUUACUCUGUGUGGUUGGGUCCAAUACCUCAGACAAGACCUGUUUGUCAUCCUUCGAGAUUUCAGCGGCUUGACACAAGUUUUAAUUCCUCAGGAAGAAUCUGCAAGUAAUUUGAAAGCAGUGCUGUGUGACCUGACAGUUGAGUCUGUCGUCAAGGUUACGGGAACAGUCAGAAGACGACCAGCAGGACAAGAGAACAAGACGAUGCCAACAGGAGAAAUAGAAGUCCUCGCUGCGGAUGUGCAAGUUUUCAAUGUUUGCCAGAAGCUGCCUUUUGAAAUUAAAGACUUUGUCAAAAAGUCUGAGUCUUUGCGGAUGCAGUAUCGCUACCUGGACCUGAGGUCGUCGCAGAUGCAGAAGAACCUCAGACUGAGAUCUCAGCUGGUGAUGAAGAUGAGAGAAUAUCUCUGUAAUGUGCACGGUUUUGUUGAUGUGGAAACGCCCACUUUGUUCAAAAGAACACCAGGGGGAGCCAAAGAGUUUGUGGUUCCCUCCAGAGAGCCUGGUCUAUUUUACUCUUUACCUCAGAGUCCGCAGCAGUUUAAACAGCUUCUGAUGGUGGCCGGCGUCGACAGGUACUUCCAGAUAGCUCGCUGCUACAGAGAUGAAGGCUCCAAGCCAGACAGGCAGCCUGAGUUCACCCAGGUGGACGUAGAGAUGUCUUUUGUGGACCAGGCAGGUAUCAUGUCCCUGGUGGAGGGUUUGCUGCAUCACUCCUGGCCUGCAGAGAAAGGUCCCAUUAAGGUUCCUUUCCAGGUUAUGAAAUAUGAAGAGGCCAUGAGGGACUAUGGGGUGGACAAACCUGACACCAGGUUCAGCAUGAAGCUGAUUGACCUCAGUGAUUUUUUCUCGUCCACGGAAAUUGAAUUCCUGAGAUCAGCUCUCAGCCAACCAGGCGGCUCCGUUCAGACCCUCUGUGUUCCCAGUGGAGCAAAAGUUUUCACUGGGAAAGAUUUGGAAGAACUGAAACAAACAGCCAAGACUCAGUUUGGACAGGAGCUGAGCCUGGUGCAGCUCAGACCAGACGGGACUUUAAAGUCUCCUCUGAAGAAGCUGCUGUCGGCCUCCGUCACAGAUAAUCUGCUGAAGACCACUGAAGCCGAACCAGGAGACCUGCUGCUGAUAGCGGCCGGCUCUGUCCACACUGUGCGCCCGUUGCUUGGUAAUCUCCGCCUGCAGGCUGCUCAGCUUCUGGAGUCUCGUGGUGUUUCACUCCGCGACCAUUCAGCCUUUCACUUCCUGUGGGUGGUGGACUUCCCUCUAUUUGUGCCAAAGGAAGACGACCCGGAGGAGCUGGAGUCGGCUCAUCAUCCAUUUACAGCUGCACUGCCAGAAGAUGCUCACUUAAUCUACACAGAGCCACACAAGGUUCGUGGUCAGCACUAUGACCUGGUGUUGAACGGGUGUGAGAUCGGAGGAGGCUCCAUUCGGAUCCAUGAUGCCUCAGAGCAGCUUCAUGUCUUGAAGAAUAUCCUCAAGGAGGAUCCCAGUCUUCUCACACACCUGCUGGAGGCUCUGGCUUCAGGAGCACCGCCUCACGGAGGCAUUGCUCUGGGUUUGGAUCGACUGGUCUCCAUCAUGGUCGGGGCUCCCAGCAUCCGUGAUGUCAUCGCAUUCCCCAAGUCGUUCCGCGGUCACGACCUCAUGAGCCGAGCACCUGACUCGGUAUCUGAGGAGGAGCUGAAGCCGUAUCAUAUCUCAGUCAAAUGGCCAACUGAGCGAGGAGGAGGAGGAGGAGGAGGAGAGCGUAAGGACGAAGACUUGGGGACAUGGGGACGACCAGCAGGCAGCGCAGACUGGAGACUGUUAAAUCGCUGCCAGCUGGCUGGAAAAGACGAGGAGGAAGAGAGAAUCUGA